CGGCAUCAGCUCGCCAUCAUGUCGGCCCAGUCACUGCGCAUUCCGUCCGUGACAGAGCAUUUUUCCGGUUUGAGCUCUGAACCCUCCAACAGCCGUGAGGCUCAUGUAGAAGUCGACGAGAACCUUGACGAUGACGGUCUUGGCUACUACGCCGAUGGUGUCAAGCGUACACUUACCGACGAUCAAAUUGCCAUGUUCAGACACAGUGAGAUCCAAACUCUUCUACGAGAGCGCAGGAGAAGACGCGAGGUCUCAGAAAGCGAGACUAGUCACGAUAUACCCAGCAAACCCGCUCAACCGGUAGGUGACACGAGUCCGCCAGACACAGCCGAAGACACCGUGAGGCAGCGCUCUGCAAGCAGCUCGGAUUCCCAGGGCCUGGGUAAGCGAAAAUGGCAAAGGUUUAUCGACACGUCCGAAACAAAUCCAGAGUACUUGACUCACCGCAGAAUUGCCCGCGAGUUGGACGAGCAGAAGGCAAGUUCAAUCGACCUGGCAUAUGGUGAUGAGGAUUCUACAUAUCCAGUUGCCGAGAAGCAAUCAAGGGACACUUCGAUCUCACAGACAGGUCGAAAAGAGAUCUCAUAUGAUGACGCACAUGAACCUGUGCCGGCACAACCGCACUCAAAACCCUCGCAAACUCCAAAGUUCAUCUGGCCAACACUGGGAGCGAAGGAUGAUUCGGAAGAUCGACCUGCUUCAUAG